GUCGGGGUCCCGCUGCUGGGGCAAGCCGGGAAUCCCGCCUCGGGGGUCUGCGGCUGUUGGGGUGCCUUACCCGGGGUUUGCGAGGUGACCUGAGGCUGCGGCUGCCCUCCUCGUACCUCAGCCCCGACGGGGUUUUAACGAACUCGGGAGUCGUGCAGCAGCAGCGGGGAGACGGGAGAGGCUUCGUGAAUGCCCGUGCUGCAACGCCUUACCUGCCUGCGCCGAGCCCUUGCAGUGCGCUCUGGUCUCGGUACAGGGAGAUCGAACCUCCCGGUUCUCCUCUCGGGCAGGUAAGCCUCGCUUAUGGUAGUGAACGGGCACGGUACUGCUGAGUGCCGGCUCAGGGGCUGGACCACGGCAGAGCCCCCGAGAGAACCAGGGACGCCUGUCCUUCAGGUCUGCACUCUAACCUCCGGGUUAGAAACCCGUCUGCUGGGGGCUAAGCUGGGUUUUGUGCAGAGUUUCUAAAGCAUUUGUGAGUUUGCCCUUUAGAAUCGCUUGGCUGGCUCUUAUGCUUGGGUCUUUGAAGCAUCCUAGGCUGCUUCGGGCCCCAGUGCCUCAUCGAGACCCCUGGAUUUUACUGCACGUCAGCUCAGCUGCAGUUGUAAGCAAGUCAGCCUCCAGAUGCUGGAUGCAGAAGUCUGUUACAGUGGAUGGAAAAGGCUCUGUAUGCUGGCUAGCCUCUCCAUUUUCUGAGUAGCUCUCCUCUCCCCUCCCUGCGCCUGCUUCUGGGCUACAUCCUUUCCCUCCCAAGCAUCAAGAAACAAAUGUUUUGGGAUGAUCAUCUGGUGAGCUGUUGGGGGAGAUCAAAUAACGUGCGCGUUGUGUUUGAAAUGUCAUAUUGUCUCGUCCAAGCGGUUUUUCAGAUCGAAAUCUCAGCUGGUGCUCAGCGUCCCGUAGGCCUUCAGGCCCAGGAUGCGGAUGGGUGGUUUUUCAUGGUCGGACAGAAGGUUAUCUGAGAAGCGCUUACUGUACAUGGCCUGGGGUGUUCGUGCAUGGACAGUGGUGCGCUGCUGUGGGUCAGUCAGGAGGUAAUAGAGACCAGGAGAUGUGUUUAGAGGGAGCCGAGGUGGAGAUGAGUGGUGCAGGUCGCAACCGCUGGCUGAUGGAGAUAGGCUGCAGGUCCCAGACUGUAGCCCUUGUCAAUCUGAACACAGAGAUCUUGCCAUACUUUGUACAUUGUCACCUGGGACUUGUAGGGACUUGUGCUUCAAGGCUGUACACUGUGUGAGCUGCCACCUCUCCUAGACUGGAGCAGACCUGCGGUGGGAGGGUGGCCCAAUGGCAGAUCGGCCUCCUGUGAUGCUGCAAGUCUGCCGGUGGCUUUUGUGUGGCCAUUUCUUGAGACCCGCUGCUGAACAGACUGGCUUGUUCCCGUGAGUGAACCAGAGCAGGACUGAGCUCUGCCUGAGGAACAAGCUGCGGUAGCACAACAUGUGUCAGACAGGCAUGAUUCAAAUUGCCAUGAUUUUAUGUACGUGGUGAUAUUAACUAGUUUAAAGUUGCAUCAGCUUCUGUUUGUGUCCAAGGCUUUAACAGUUGAAGGCAGAAGGCAAGACCCAACAUUGCUCCCUUCCCCGGGUGGGGUUGGAGGGCUGGAGAGGCCUUUGAAGGUUUGAUGUGACUUGCUGUGUUGGCUAAGCCAUAUUACUUUGGCAGGAAAGCAAGCAGCCUCCUUGAGCCUGAUGACUUGCUGCGUAAGGGAACCCAAGGCGUAGGCCAGGCAUAAUGUCUUUUGAAUCGGAAUAAGUAUUGAAAAACAAAACAAAACUGCUAAAGUUGCACUUAUAAAAGGUCAGGCGUCCUGUCCAGACUUGGAGCUGUCUCAUGGUAGCGGAAGGGCUGGGUGACCCUGUGGAGGGGCCUGGAUGCCCUCGUGAGAUGCACUGAUUACCCCGCCGCUCUCCUGGGCUGUCCACAGGGCACCCUUUAUCUUUUCUCUGAAUACCACUAGCUUUGCAGAAGGAAAUGGCCUGGGCCCUGGUGUUGCCUCAGCCAGCUGAGCGCGAUUGGCUUUAUCUUGUGGAAAAUACGCUGCUUUUAUCUGUCCCUGAGGUUUUGUGGGAGCUUGCCAAGUUUGCAGCGGUUGCACGUGAGACCUAGAGAGAGACCCAGCCAGUCCCCAGGCCGGCGUGUGCGGACAUGGCUGUGCUGAUCUCUGCUGGUGGGAAUGUCAUCUGCUCUCAGGUGAGAUGCAAGUGGGAGGAAUGCUUUUUUUCCUCCCAUCUUCCCGCUUCGUCAGAAGCCAGGUUUUUGUUCGUAUCUGGGUUCAUUGUGACCUUUUCUGUGAGCAGAGGGGUCUGGGAAGGAUCCUGUGGCAUUUCUUCAAGUGAGGGUCUUUACAAAACAGGGGGAGGCUGGACCGAAGGGCUGUGGCUGCCUGCAGUCAGACCUGGGGGCAGGGAGAGAGGAGGCUGAUUUGGAAAGUGCGUAUCAGAGCGCUGUGUCCUGCUGAGAUGGCUGUCUCCUAGCACACAGUGCUGGGAAGAAACUUGUGCACAGCCGAUUUGCUGGAACUUGGGGCUCUGAGAAAGGUCAUAUACAGUGCAGCCUUGGGAAAGCUGCUUAUGCGGGUGGGACAGGUGAGUCAGUGGCUUCCUCCUCAUUUUCCAUCAUAAUCCCACUCUUCAGAGCGAGACGUGCUGUCUGCCUGCUCCCCAGAAGCCUCCUGGAUCUGCCUGCAUUUGCCUCAACCUUGCGGUUGCAGUUGGACCCUGUCUGAGUAUGCAGCCCUUUCCAGGCCACCGUCACCACGCUGGGCAGGGAGGAGCAGGCUGCUACUGAAUUUCUGUUGCACUGUCAUUGCUAUUUGGAGUGUUGAUGCUUGCCUUGUAUUUAGCAAUGGCAGCUGAGGAAGCCAAGGGAGGCAGAAGGGCUGUUGCCUGCGCAGGAGAAACUUUUAACUCUUGCCUUCACAGCUCCCUUCCCCAUGCCUUGGCAGCUCUCAGGUUGCCUGAUAGGAAAUGCUGGUGAUGUUCCCAAAAUUUGCUCAUUUGGCUGCUUAAAAGAUGAGGAGGGGUUUUGUGUGCUGUUUCCUCUUGCUCUUGCUCUGGAAAAAAAUGCUGCUGCCCUGGUGCCUGGGCAGAAGGAAGGGGGAGCCCUGGAAAGGAAAUAAGAGCCAAAGAAAUGUGUCACCAGCAGAAAGAGCAAUUGUUUUCCUGCAUUUACAUUGCAGAGCGUAGUCCUGUUCAGGCAGCCAAUGUUUGACAGCCGAGAUAAUACAUUUAUAUUGAUGUAAUUAGCGGGACGUGGAGUUUGCUGAAUGGCUUGGGGGCAGCAUGAUUUUCAGUCUAACUCCAGCAAAUAGAUCAGGGAGGAUUGGAAAGCUGCCGUGGGUUGCUAGAAUUGGCCCUUUGGGUUUCUGGAGGUUGAGUACAUUACUGCUGAUAUUUCCUAUUGUGCUGUACCCUGCCUAGUUGAAAAGAAAAUAACUUGAGGGAACACGGGGCUAUUUUUGCCAGCUUGAGAUGAUCAAGUUUGAUUUCUAAAAACUGAAGCUGAGUCUUUAGGCUUGCACAUUAAAAACAGUAUUGGCACCAUUUCUCUGUUCCUCUACAAAUGCAUGCCUCUGCACUUUGCCAAUGGUGUAAACUCUAAUGUGUGUUCAUAAAAAAAGAAAUAGCUUUUCUGUUCCUGCAAUGCAGCCCCUUUUGUAGCAAGCCAGGGCGCUCACUAAAUGCUGUGGGCCUGAACAGCGUCAGCAUUAGAGGAGGGUGGCUAUUGCACUGUGUCAGGGAGGCCAAGCUGGUGUCUCGCCCCACUCCUGGGAUUAGCAGCCCUUACCAAAGCUGCAGGGUUAUCAAUACACAUUUGCUUUGGUAAAAUAGAGACUGAGACCUUACAAAAAAGUGUCGUCCCCCUCUGGUGAUAUUGUCCAGCUGCAUUUCUAACGUGGCACUUCCUGCAGCACUGAAGUUUUCCCUUCAGCAUCUUGUUCCCAGCACCAGCCCAGAUGACUUUGGUUUACUGAGGGUAUCACAGGCAGCUUCCCAACUUGUGUUGUGUUCCUCUGGCAGCAGAAGGUCCUUCUGCUCCUGUAACAAAGAGGUUUGCAGAGAAGCUAACUUUCAGACAGCUUUGCCGGGUAACAAGUUAACUCCCCCGUAUUUGUGCUGGUCCGUGGAAGUGGGAACACAGCACGAGGGUCCUUGCGUGCUGGGCUGUCUCCUCCCGCUCUGUGGCAGCUCUGCUCUCCAGAGAGGCUGCAGUACUGAUGUGGUCAAGGUCUUGCUCUCCAACUUGUCCGUAUCGGUCACCUGCCUGCAAGACUCAGGCCAGCAGGCAGAGCUCGGGCAGUCCUUAGAAUUUCAGCACAGCCAAAAGGUUUUGUUUUAAGCUGCUGGUUGUUAAGUGGUUUCUCUUUCUAGCCCAUGUGUAUGGAAGCACAUCUCCUGCAAGAAAAAUGAUGUGGUGUCACAUAGACUGACGUAGGCAUUUGCGGGGUACUCCAUCCUCUGGUGUUUGUCUCGCUCUCUCUUUAGCUCUCCUAAGCCUUAAGCCUUUCCAGUGAGCACGAGCCGCUCAACUGUCCUAGUGCCUUGGAGAUGUUGUGGGCCUGGAGUUCCCUAUGUAGCCAGUGCUGUACAGACCCUUGGGCUAAAAGGAUCAGAGUGGUCCUUUUGAACCUCAAUGAGUCCCGUAUUUACUUUUUACUGGUCCCCGCGUGGUGUCUCUUGCCCACUCCAUAACAUUCUGCAUUUGCUGGUUUGACUCAAUUAGCAGCACAUAUCUGGGUGUUCACUACAGGUCAUCUUUUCCCCAGUGCCUCAAAAUCUCAUUGGUGCAGAGUGCUGGAAGACAAAAGCUCUUUGUGAAUUCACCAUAACCUACCCCAGGGGCAUCCUGCUGCACCUGGUGGUGUGGCUGUGGGGAGAGUGGACAAGGUGGUGGGGGCAGAACUGGGUCGUUGCUCUUGCAUGCUUCUGCCGUGCUCCCAAAGCGCCUCAAUGAUCACAUUGUUCUGGCUGAAUUCUCAUUUGCUUUUUUGCUCUCUCUCUGAUCCAAGAUAGAGAAAGUGAGAGUGUGCUGGUGAGCCAAACAGUUAUGGACAAGGGUUCUUGUUGCCUCCAUCUGAUAAAAGCCCAUCCCAAAGGAGACAGCACUUUCACAGAGCAGUGUGCCCCUCCAGACAUCCCUACGUUCGCAUCCAGACCCCUUGGGAGAUCCUGCCCUGUUGCUAAUUGUCGAGAGCUGUCCAGAAUCCUUAUUGUUAAGAUCCUGCUGUGCUCGUGAGGUGUUACAUUACCUGGUACGACGACAGCUCUCACCAGAAUGCUAAGCAGCAGCCGCCGUCAGAGAGACUAAGGCCAGUGGUGGGAACAGAAAUAUAAAGUCACCGCCAAAGGUUCUGAAAUCACGAGUGAAGAAUCUGAGUUGACCCAAAAGCAGGCCGGUUCCUGUCUCCAGGCGGGACCAAGCUCCAGCUCAUUGCCAGCCAGAUGCAGCAGGAAGCACAGAGCCUUCUGAGAGCUGUAGUUCGAGUGGAUGCUGAUUGACUGACCUAAAAUGUGAGCUUGGUGCAGCAGCCGCUCCUUCUAGCAGGCUUGGUGUGCUACCAGCAGCUCUGUGCAGAGACCAUCUAGCAUGCUUCUCCAACCGGGCUGCUCAGCUGGUGCCAACAGCAGCCGUUCGAUUCCAGGGACACCAGGCUGAGUUCACACCAACUGGGCAUUGGACCUGCAGAGCAGAAACUGUGUUGGUGCCUCUGGAGCAGCUGGUCCAGAGAUCUGCUCUUUGAAAGAACCGACCUUCCUUUCUCCAGUGUGUUGGGAACUUUACAGCAGUCCAUGCCGCAGCGCCUCACCUAUUCCACCCGAACUGCCCGUGCCACUGGCUUGGACCUAACCUAGGAUAAAUCUCAGCGUGGCCUGGGUAGGGGGGAACCAUGGGGAGCUCUGCCUCAUCGCUGGCCGCAGAGACGGAGUCGGACCAUGGCUUCGCUAGCGCACCCUACCCGGGGCACCCAGCCAUGAGCUGGUAUAGGAGUAGUCACAGUGGCCCUGUUUGGGAAAGUGCCCUUAUAACGCGGCAGCAUCAGCAUUUACACCACCGGGUGCGAAGCCACUCCCACUCUCCCGGCUCCAUGGCUGCUGUCCGCGAAUGGUCCUGCACCCGCUGCACCUUUCUGAACCCCGUCGGCCAGCGGCAGUGCUCCAUAUGCGAAGCCCCCCGCCAGAAGCCUGACCUCAACCACAUCCUGCGGCUCAGCGUGGAGGAACAGAAAUGGGCUUGUGCCCGCUGCACCUUCAGGAACUUUCUGGGCAAGGAAACCUGCGAGGUAUGUGGCUUCACCCCAGAGCCAGGGCCCAGCGGCUCCCCUUUACCCGUCAUCAAUGGCAUUUUGCCCAAGCCCGCCGUGCUUGUGGAGCCCAAGGGCACGUCCAAGGAGGAGGCUGCCAAGGCAGAAAGCAGCAGCGAGGACUCAGAGGGGAAGAGCCCUGAUGAAGCGGAGCUGGAGAGUGGCUGGGCUUGCCAGCGCUGCACACUGCACAACACGCCAGUGGCCAACUCCUGCUCUGCCUGUGGUGGCCCACGCAAGCUCUCCCUGCCCAAGAUCCCACCAGAGGCGCUGGUCGUCCCUGAAGUCAUCACCCCUGCUGGAUUUCACAUGGCCCCCUCUACCCCGCAGCCUUUAGUCUCUGCAGAGAUCUCUGAUGGUGACGCCCUGGCUACCCAGGGCCCAGUGGCUAUGGAACAAGAGGCCCAGAAGAUACCAGCCUUCAGUCCCUUCUCCCCGGGGCUCCAGAACAACCCUGUGCCCCGAAGCCGCCGGGAGGUGCCCCCCCAGCUGCAGAUGCCGGGGCCUGAAGCCUCCCAGCCUGUGGCUCAGAGCACAGCAGGGCAGAAGGGCUCUCCACAGGGUCAGGCCAGAGCUGCCCCGGCUGCCCGCUUCCAGGAGCUGCUGUCCAACAAGCGGCUGAGCGUGCUGGAGGAGGAGAUGGAGGUCAGUCCAUCCCACUGGAAGUGCAGCUCUUGCUCCUUGCUUAACUCCGCCGGAGCCAGCAAAUGCGAGGCUUGCAGCACCCAGAAAGGCAGUGACACCAUCAAUCUGGUGGGGGACUCAGUGAGAUUCACCCCGUGCAGCCCCUCCAGCCCUGACUUCACCACCUGGUCCUGUUCCAAGUGCACCCUCAAGAACCCCACCCUGGCCCAGAAGUGUAAAGCCUGCGGCUCCUCCAAGCUGCAUGGCUUCCAGGAGCAUGGGACACAGGGCGAGCCGUCCCCCCGCUGCCCCGACUGUGGGGCUUGCGACAAGGGCAGCUGCUCCUCAUGUGGUGGCAGGGCCCCGUCCGCCCGCAAGGUUGCCCGCCUCUUCCCGUCCCAGCUGCCCACCAGCCAGGAGAGGCCGAGCCAGUGGGCUUGUCCCGCUUGCACCUUGCUCAAUGAGCUCAAGGCCAAGCACUGCGUGGCCUGCCAUACCCCGCAGCAGUACAUGGCCCAGCGCAAGGGCCUCAAGCCCCUGAAGAGACGGGAGAGCAUGCACGUGGAGAAGAGGCGGCAGACGGAUGAGGGAGAGGCCAAAGCCCUGUGGGAAAACAUCGUGACCUUCUGCCGGGAGAACAAAGUCAAUUUUGUAGAUGACAGUUUCCACCCUGGGCCUAAGUCUGUGGGAUUCCCGGAAGGCGACAGCGUGCAGCAGAGGGUGAAACAGUGGCUGCGACCCCACGAAAUCAACUGUAGCAUCUUCAAGGACCGAUCUGUGAAGUGGUCAGUGUUUCGGACACCCAGGCCCUCGGAUAUCCUGCAGGGACUGCUGGGAAACUGCUGGUUCCUGAGCGCCCUGGCUGUGCUGGCCGAGCGGCCGGAGCUGGUGGAGAGGGUGAUGAUCACGAGGACGCUGUGUCCCGAGGGUGCCUACCAGGUGCGGCUGUGCAAGGACGGCACGUGGACCACAGUGCUGGUGGAUGACAUGCUGCCAUGUGAUGAGUGCGGAUACCUCCUCUUCUCGCAGGCCCAGAGGAAGCAGUUGUGGGUUGCCCUCAUUGAGAAGGCGCUGGCCAAGCUUCAUGGUUCGUACUUUGCCCUCCAGGCGGGGCGUGCUAUUGAAGGCCUGGCUACACUAACGGGUGCCCCCUGCGAGAGCCUGAUGCUGCAGGUCAGCUCCACUAACCCUCGCGAGGAGCCCAUUGACACUGACCUCAUCUGGGCCAAAAUGCUGAGUUCUAAGGAAGCUGGGUUCCUCAUGGGCGCAUCCUGUGGCGGAGGCAACAUGAAAGUGGACGAUGUGGCCUAUGAGAGUAUGGGUCUGCGUCCACGGCAUGCCUACUCCAUCCUAGAUGUGCGGGAUGUCCAAGGCUUCAGGUUACUGCGGCUCCGAAACCCCUGGGGCCGCUUCUCCUGGAAUGGCAACUGGUCCGAUGAGUGGCCACACUGGCCGGCUCCCUUGCGUCACGAUCUGAUGCCCCAUGGCAGCAGCGAGGGUGUCUUCUGGAUGGAGUACAGCGAUUUCAUUAAGUACUUUGACUCCGUGGAUAUCUGCAAGCUCCAUUCGGACUGGCACGAGGUGCGUGUGCAGGGCAUGUUCCCCAACAAGGCCAACGGGCCGGUGACGGUGACAUCGCUGACAGUGUUGGAGCGUGCCGCCCUGGAGUUUGCCCUCUUCCAGGAGGGCAGCAGGCGGUCGGACACGGUGGACAGUCACUUGCUGGAUCUGUGCAUCAUGGUUUUCCGGGCCACCUUCACCAGCGGAAACAAGCUGAGCCUGGGCCGACUGAUGGCUCACAGCAAACGAGCUGUCAAGAAGUUCGUCAACUGCGACGUCAUGCUGGAGCCGGGCGAGUACGCUGUCGUGUGCUGUGCCUUCAACCACUGGAGCGUCGCCCUGGCAGGCCCUGCUGCUGCCCAGGCAUCCAGUCCCACCAGCAGCCGGCCAGUCACUGAUUAUUCCAGCUAUAUCCUGGCCAUCUACAGCUCCCGCCUGGUGAUGGUGGAGCAGGUGGAGGCGCAGCCCACCACGCUGGCGGAUGCCAUCAUCCUGCUGACCGAGAACAAGGGCGAGCGCCAUGAGGGCCGCGAGGGGAUGACCUGCUACUACUUGACACACGGCUGGGCAGGGCUCAUUGUGGUGGUGGAGAACCGGCACCCCAAGUCCUACCUGCACGUCCAGUGCGACUGCACCGACAGCUUCAACGUCGUCUCCACACGUGGCAGCCUCAAAACGCAGGACAGCGUUCCCCCCCUGCACAGGCAGGUGUUGGUGAUCCUCUCCCAGCUGGAGGGUAACGCCGGCUUCUCUAUCACCCACCGCCUGGCGCACCGCAAAGCCACCCAGGCCUUCCUCAAUGACUGGAUGUCGACGAAGGGCACCCACAACCCGCUGCUGACGCCCGAGGUCGCCGGGCUCCACGGCCCCCGGCCCCUAUGACGAAGCGCCUCCCCCUCCCUGCUCCGCUCCCCCCUUAUUUUCACCGAGUCUCUGGCCUGGGGUGGCCCCCUGAGCUGUCAGCGCUGAGCCGUGGGACGGAGCCGGAGCAUCACACCCAGCACUUUGCCCUGCGAUGCAGGGCUGGGGCGAACUCUCAGGGCCAGGAACAGCUCUGCCCGCUGCCCCCCGCCCUGGCACCGCUGGCCCCCCACGCACUUUAUGAGGAGCGGCUGGGGCCACGGGGCCAUCUCAGGAUCCCACCUGCCCCAUACCUGCGCUGGGGCCCGGUGCCCUCGGCCUGCCCAGGGCAUGCAGCGGGGGGCUGCUGGAGAUGGGGGGGGGGCUGGAGGUUGCUGUCAAGGCCCUUCCCAGGCACCACGCUCAGGACUCUGCCCCCUCCCGCAGCGCCAGGGCCCUGGCGCUGCAAAAAAAAAGAAUAUACCUCUGACGUCUGUCCGUCUGUGUGACCCUCCGUCUGUCCCUGGCUCUUCCCACUGUCUUGUUCCCCUCAUUGUCUGCUGCCAGGACCAACAUGGCACCGAGGUACCGUAGCUGGGUCGGGGGGUGCCAGGGUCACUGCCGUGGUGCCGCCUGUGCUGGCUGCUCGUGGCAAGGAUCUGCUGCGGUGCCUAGACCCCCAUCCACCUCGCCUGUCCCAGGUGCCGGGUCUGGGGAGGAGAGGGUGCUGGGUUGUUUUGGAAAGCUGCCACUGUGGGGUUUUCACCGCGCCUCGGGGUGAAAUGCAGAGGUGCCCUCCUCUACCGCUGCUCCGGGGUGGGGAGCGGGGCCACGGGGUGAUGCUCAGAGACCCCCCCUCAACUCAUCACACAAGUGUUACUAUGCAAAGGCGGCCGCUGAAAGCAGUGCCUGGAGAGAAGCCAUGCGUCCCGAGCUGGGCUCAGCCCCCCCCGGCACUGCCCUGUGGGGGCCUCCCCCCUCCCCGUGCCCUGUGGAGGUGAGGGGUGAAGGGCAGCAGGUACGGACCCGGGGUUCGGCUUUACCAUGUUGCCAUGUGCUGGGGGUGGGGGGCCUGAUUUUGUGGGGGGAAGCAGAGACCCCCCAUCCUUCAGAGGCCAAGUCCUGUGGAAGGUAGUGAGCACAAGGCGAAGGCUUGCAAGAGCCUCGGGGUGCCGCUGGCCCCAGCGGGUGCUCCGUGGCGGGGACUGACCCCCACGGUUUCAGGACGUCGUGGCUCUCAGGCUUGGUGCGGGCGUGUGUGUGUGUGUGUGUGUGUGUACGUGUGUGUGUGUGUGUGUGUUUUGGGGGUCCCCCGGUGUUACCCUCUCCUUCCCAAGCUGUGUAGACGUG